AUGGACAGAGACCAGCACGAGCUGCAGUUCCUUGGGUUCCUCGGCGUCUACAGAGAGAGCUCCAAGAUCAUCCUCAAAGGGAGGAAGAUCUUCGCUCAGAUCACGCUCACGCUCAUCCUCCAUCUGCAUCGUCUUCCUCGCACUCUCCAAGGUUUCACAGCUCCUCUACUUCAAGUUCGUCAAGUACGAGAUCAACUGAGACAACCCCAAAAAGCACAGCCUGAGGUACAGGACCUGUGCUGCAUGCUCAAGAAUUUCUGGCUCAUCGAGCUAGGCUCCUUCAUCUCCGUCUUCAUCUUCUCUCUGCUUUCGACUUCAGCUGUCUACACGGUGGCUUGCAUCUACGCCACCAAGCAGAUUACUAUCACCAAGAUGAUGAGUGUCGUGCCCAGGCUCAUCGUCGUGAGGCAAUUUUCAGUUGGCCCUGCACUUGGGAUUGCCCUGGCGGUCAUUCUCUUGAUCUUGUACGUUGUUGGGUUUGUUUAUAUCACCGUGAUUUGCCAAUUGGCGAGUGUGAUCUCGGUUCUUGAAGAUGCAUAUGGAAGGAAGGCGAUGGCGAAGAGCAAGGGACUGACAAAUGGCAAGAUGGGCCUACGAGUUUGGUGUUUUCUUGGUGUCUUCGUGUGCUCCGUGCUGGUUCAGGCACUGUUUGGAUCCCUUGUGGUCUUGGACGUGGUUCCUAUUGGAGUCAAGAUUGGGGUUGGGCUGAUCUGCAUGAUGUUUUUGUCGAUGCAGGUGCUGUUCGAUUUGGUCAUGCAAACAGUGAUCUACUUCGUCUGCAAGUCCUACCACCAUGAGAACAUCGACAGCUCCUGCUUGUCUGAUCAUCUGGAGGUCUGUCGUGGAGACUGUCCCUCUGACGGCCAAAAGGCUGCCCAGGUUGAGCAAUUUCAUGUCUAA